ACGCGGUUCGGAGAAACUCUCGCCAUUAACUUGAGCACCAAACCUGUGCUCACGAACGCAUUUCCUGCCGCUACACUUACGGAUUUGGAUGUCAAUUCCUCAAACAAAAUGUUAUCUUCGCUCAAAUACGCCACGAAUGGUAUCGAGUUACGAAUUACGACAAUUGUCUCUGAUGCCUCAACGAAAUUACCAUCCGGUCUUUUAGCUCAGGAUACUGUUUUCGGGCCUGCUUUGUUCGGAAAGUCAGACAUUCCCCACUUGAACGCUUGCUCCCAACAAGUGGUUCUAGCAUGUCCCGAAGCAAUAUCAGAUAUCAAACAAGAACUAAGAAUCAUUCUGAACAUGUCGCUGGCAGCUUUUCUUACCACAACGGGAACAGUCCUGUCCAAAGAGAUUCUAGAUAACAUCUACGUCGAUAACGUCUUCCUAGCAGCAAAUACCGAAGAAGACGCACUGGAGAAAAUUGAAAACUCCAGAAAGCUCUUCCGCAAUAUUGGAAUGAACUUGAGAGACUUCACCAGCAACUCAGAAUAUGUUAAUAAACAUAUUCCUGAUGUGGUCAAAGGUAAGACUGGCAACACAAAAUUGCUUGGGGUAGCUUACAACACUGAAAGCGAUGAGCUCCUCCUUGAUGUAAGGCUAUCUCAAAAGCAACAGAUGACCAAAAGAGAACUUGUGAGUGCAGUCCACAAAAUAUACGAUCCUCUCGGCCUGGCACUACCCUUGACCCUCAAAGCAAAACUGCUGAUGAGAGAGUUUGGGGAAAACCUCUUAGCACGGAAUACAUCAACAGGUGGAAUGAAAUUUGCACGGAAAUUUCCGGUACUUCUAUCAGAGUGCCGCGCAAUAUCGGCC